GGGCAUUGUCCAUCACCACCAUCAUCACUUGAAACAUCUUGCGAUCUGCAAGCACAGCACAGCACCACACCAACACCACUCCUACACUCACUAUCAUGACAUCGACAUCGACAUCGACUCGCUCCGUCACCGGCCCCGGCGACGAGGGCUCUUACAUCGAGCGCGGCGGUACCUCGCAGAAGGAGUACAUGUCGACGGUGCUCACUGCCGCGUCCAAGGGUCUUGCCCUCGGUGUGGCCGGCACGCUGAUCGGCAACCACUUCCUCAAGAAGCGCUCGCCAGCGUGGCGCGCCGUCCCCAUGCCGUACAAGUUCUUCGUCGGCAUGAUGAUGUCGAUCCCCGUCGGCACCGUGUUUGGCGAGAAGGCCGGCGAGAAGCACAUUGCGCAGCAGUGGAGCGGAUACGGCAAGGAGGAGCUCGACGCCGAGGCCAAGGCCGCGCACGAGCGCUGGGAGAGCAUGUCGACCUGGGACAAGACCAAGGACUGGGCCGCGCGCCACCAGUACACCAUCAUUGGCGGCUCGUGGGUCGCGUCGCUUGGUAUUGCGUUUGGCGUUGUCGCGAGGAACAAGUACCAGACGUUCCCUCAGAAGAUCGUCCAGGCUCGUAUGUACGCCCAGGGCCUGACCAUUGGCGUGCUCAUGGUCUCGGCGGUCCUCGCCGGCGUCAACGCGCAGGGCAAGAAGCCCGAGCUCCCCCCCGACCACUCGUGGCGCGACAUGCUCGAGCAGGGCGGCCAGCUCACAAAACAGGAGCGCAUCAACCUGCGCGCCGCGGCCAAGGUCGGCAAGGCGAACGCCAAGAAGGAGGAUGCCGAGCCGGUCGCCGCUGGCGCCGAGGCUGCCGCGUAAGUGAGCAGCGAACGCUCCCCCGCGCUGGUGGAAAACAACCGUCCUUAUCGACCUACAUCACCUGUCGAUAUCGCGACCCCACCCCCACCCUCACCCUAGACCACCCCCUCUAGACCACCCCAGGCUCCGGCCCUCAUUGUUUGUACUUUACGCAUGGAUUGAUUCAUAAUCAUGG